AAAUGCCAAAUAUGAAUUAGUUUUGUAACAAAAAACUGCGGAAUACAAAAAGCCAAGUUGUAGCCAAGACUCCACGGAGGUUCUUGUCAGGUGCAUAAUGGGGCUCUUGUUAUAUAUGCCAAAAUGCGCCGCGGUCACUCAUUUCCUUCUUCUUUCUCCCUGUCAUGACCUCCUACCUUCAAAAAGCAGGUACAAGGCUCUUUGAAAAAAACCUCGAGCAAUACAGACCUGAAGACCCGUUGUACGAGUUUUAUACUGACAACCGCGGCAAACAACGUCGUAGAAAGCGCGCGAUACCUCCUGGCCUUUCAGCACGUGAUGCAAAGAUUCUCAAGUCGGUGCAGCGCCGUGCCCACUACCUAGACAAAGGCUUCUCCAUUUGUGGUCUCCGAUUUGGCUGGACCUUCAUCAUUGGUGUUAUCCCCGGCGCCGGUGAUGUCGCUGAUGUCACGCUCAAUUAUCUCCUGGUCGUCCGCAAAGCAAGGCAGGCUGAACUACCAGCUUGGCUUGUGCGCCGCAUGCUCCUCAACAAUGCAAUAUCGGCUUUGAGCGGCCUGGUGCCGGUAGCGGGCGACAUUGUCAUGGCCGUGUUCAAGGCAAAUUCAAGGAAUGCCGCGCUCCUGGAAGAGUUUUUGAGGAUAAGAGGGGAUGAAUUUUUGAAGUUGCAGGCGGAUAAGGCGCAGGGAACGAGUCAGAGUGUGCCUGGGAAGGAUUCACAACAGGUUAAGCCUGGCGCGGGGAUGUCAGACAAUGCGGCAGCGACUGCACCGCAGCAGAAGACGAAAUUCGUGUCUUGGAGCCGUCCGAGCCGCAAAGAAAAGGAGCGCGCCCCUACCCCCGGUGAAAUGGGAAGGUUUGUUGAAGAUGUGGAGUUAGGUGUCACAGCACCCAGUGGAGAGGCGAAGAGCAGUACCAUUACGGUGCAGAAAAGAUAAGAUUGGAGGUUGACAAAUCUACGUUCUGAUCGAUGUGGUAUACACGAACUUUUUACUGGACCCAUUUUCUAUACUCGGGGUGCUCUCUAUAAUAACAUUAUAUACCAUGUACUGUAGCUGGUUUGUCUGCUGUCUCAGUGGAUCAAACAUAUCAUAGGAGCCUAAGAUAGAUGUGGACUAGCUGUAUGUACGUACGAGUUGCUGCGCAAGCCAUACUUCUCGCGGAUAACAUGCAUUGCUUGGAGAACCCCGUAUCGAUCUACAGUGCAACUCUGAAUAGGUUGUUGGAAGGGACGAGAGUAACUAAGUUGUUAUUGGCUAGAGGGCU